CUGAGAGUAAAAAGGCUUAAAGAGCACUGCUACCAUUUAACUGGCCAUUGUUGAACUGACUUUGAAUCCAGGAAUCAACUGACACUAAUGACGAUGGGGGAGAUGGGAGAUCCAGUCCAGCUAAAAGAUGAAGGCAACAAGCACUUCCAGGCAGGAGAGAUAGACCAAGCCAUUGAGUGCUACACAAAAGCCAUCAAAGCCUGUAAGGACAAAAAAGCCCAGGCCGUCAUCUACAGAAACAGAUCAGCCUGCUUCCUCAAAAAGGAAAACUACUCUGGCGCUGCUUCUGAUGCCUCCAGAGCCAUAGAUGUAGAUGCCUCUGAUAUCAAAGCACUGUACAGAAGAUGCCAGGCACUAGAGAAGCUGGGUAAACUGGACAUGGCCUUUAAAGAUGUCCAGAGAUGCGCAACCCUGGAGCCUAAAAACAAGACCUUUCUGGAAACUCUCAGGAGACUUGGAGCUGAGAUCCAACAGAAGCUGAAGACCACCUUCUCCACAGACUCUAGAGUGCAGAACAUGUUUGACAUUCUGCUGAGUGAAGAAGAAGAUAAAGAAAAGAAAGAAAAGGCGGCCAAUAACCUAAUUGUACUGGCUCGAGAAGAUGCAGGCUCAGAGAGAAUCUUCCAGAAUAAUGGCAUAGCUCUGCUCAUGCAGUUAAUCGAGACUGGAAAAGUUGAGAUGAUCUUGGCAGCCAUUCGGACGCUGUCAGGAAUGUGCACUGGCCACAGAGCAAGGGCCACUGCAAUCAUCCACAUGAUAGGAAUUAACAAGCUAUGCAGUAUUAUGGGGAUGGACAAUGAAGAGAUUGCGUUGGCAACUUGUAACCUGUUCCAGUGUGUCUAUGAAUCUCUGUCUGGGGCAGACAGCAGAAUUUAUGGCAAAGAGGAGGCCCUCGUACUUGAUUCAAGCAAAGACCUGAAGACUAUUCUGCUUGCACUGCUGGAGAUGAUUGGCAGUAAGAAUGUCUCAGGGUAUGGCCGAGACCAGGCGCUUAACCUGCUGACCAAGAAUGUGCCCAGAAAGAACAAGAAAGACUCUGAUCACUCCAAGAGCCUCUUCACCAUUGACAACGGUCUGAGGAAGAUUCUGAAGGUGUGUGGUCAGGUACCAGACCUGCCUGAUCAGUUGGCCAUGACAGACAAUACUCAGCUUAUAGCCAGUGUUCUCCUCAACAAGCUCUAUGAUGACCUGCGUUGCGAUCCUGAGAGAGACAACUACAGAGACAUCUGUGAUGAAUACAUCAAGAGCAAGUUUGACCCCAACGACAUGGACAGGAACAUCCAUGCCAUCAAUGCUCUCUCAGGCCUGCUGCAGGGACCCUUCGAUGUGGGCAACAUUCUAGUGGGUCGUCAGGGUGUGAUGGAGAUGAUGGUGGCUCUGUGUGCUUCUGAGAGGGAGGUGGAUCAGCUGGUGGCCAUAGAAGCCAUCAUCCAUGGUUCCACCAAAAUGAGCAGAGCCUCUUUCAUCAUCUCCAAUGGAGUGUCUCUUCUCAAGGACAUCUACAAGAAGACCAAGAACGAGAAGAUCAAGAUCAGGGCACUUGUGGGUUUGUGUAAACUUGGUUCAGCUGGAGGCGACGAUUACAGCAUGAGACAGUUUGCUGAGGGUUCCACCGAGAAACUGGCCAAGCAGUGCAGAAAAUGGCUGUGCAACCCCUCUCUUGAUGUUCGCACAAGGAAAUGGGCGAUUGAGGGUUUGGCCUAUCUGACCAGUGAUGCUGACGUGAAAGAUGACUUUGUUGAGGAUGAGCCAGCUAUGAGAGCUAUGUUUGAGCUUGCCAAGUCCAGAGAUAAGACCAUCCUAUAUGCUGUUGCAUGUACACUGGUGAACUGCACCAACAGCUAUGAUAAGAAGGAGAUCAUUCCUGAGAUGGUACAGCUGGCCAAGUUUUCCAAGCAGCAUGUUCCAGAGCAGCAUCCAAAGGACAAGAAAGACUUUAUUCAGAGGAGAGUGAAAAGGCUUUUGAAGGCUGGAGUGAUAUCAGCACUCGCAGUCAUGGUCAAAGCAGACAGUUCCAUCCUGACUGAUCAAACCAAAGAAAUGCUUGCAAGGGUGUUCCUUGCCUUGGCAGAAGAUCCAGUGGACCGAGGCACAAUUGUUGCCCAAGGUGGCGGAAAGGCUCUGAUUCCUUUGGCAAUAGAGGGAACAGACCUAGGGAAAAUAAAGGCCAGUCAUGCACUGGCCAAGAUUGCUGCCAUCUCUAAGCCUGAGAUUGCCUUCCCGGGUGAGAGGGUAUAUGAAGUUAUACGGCCACUUGUUUCCCUGCUGAACACAGAGAGAGAUGGCCUUCAGAACUUUGAAGCCCUACGGGGUCUCACCAAUUUGGCUGCCAUGAAUGAAAAGCUUCGAGUGAAAAUCCUGAAGGAGAAGGCUCUUCCAGAAAUUGAGAACUACAUGUUUGAGGAGCAUGACCAAAUCAGACAGGCUGCUACGGAGUGCAUGUGCAACCUGGUGUGCAGCAAAGAGGUUCAGGACAGGUAUCUGGAGGAUGGCAAUGACAAGCUGAAGCUCCUUGUGCUCCUCUGCAGUGAGGAUGAUGAGGACCUGCAGAUAGCAGCAGCUGGGGCUUUGGCUAUGCUCACUGCAGCACAGAAGAAACUCUCUGUCAAGAUGACCAAAGUGACAGAGCAGUGGCUUGAGAUCUUGCAGAGGCUGUGUCUCCAUGACAAUCCUCAAGUCCAGCACCGAGGCCUGGUGAUGGUGUUCAAUAUGCUGGACGCUGAUGAAGAGCUGGCCAAGAAGCUGAUUGAGAGUGAACUGCUAGAGAUCCUUACUUAUGUGGCCAAGAAAGAGGACAACCCCAAGAUACAGGCAGGCAUCGAUGCAGCACGUGCCUGCCUCUCCAAAGCCAUGGAUCUUGGACUGAUCAAACCUUUCAAACAAUAAGUCAGAAAUAAAACUGGUAAAAUGAGAACUGGGAUUAGAGGUGAUAAAAAAGAGGCCCUUGGAAACUUUGCUUUCUGGGAAAGUGGAAGUACUUUUCUGUCUGUAAUGAUGCGCAUGGAUUGAAAUGCAUAGAUAAUGUUUUUGUUUGGCUGUUUUGAUAUGGGGCCCCCGCUUUGGUUUUCGUUUGAUAUGUAAUUAUUUAUGCUUUAUGUAUUUACACUACAUGUUUAUAAAAAUAGAGAUCUUUGAGGAAAA